CCCGCCGCGACUCGCACCUUUGACUUAUACAACGAACGACAACGAACGACGAUAGAUAACGACUUGGAAAGCGACACAGCUUGCACUACAUACUCUUAACCCCCACUCCCGGUGCAUAAACACGCUCCCUCACGCCCGCGCCCCGCCCACCUCGGCAUCGGAACAGCCCAUCGAACCACCCUCACCCGCACCGCUGCGCGAUCCGACGGACGGGCCCGACACCUCACCAUGCCUCGUCGUGAUCUUGUGCGCAUAGUGCUCGUCGGCGACGACGGUGUGGGCAAGAGCUCGAUCAUCACGUCGCUCAUCAAAGAGUCGUUUGUCACCAAUGUCCAGCACGUCGUCCCAGAAGUCACCAUCCCACCAGAGGUCACCCCAGAAAAUGUCACCACGUCGAUCGUAGACACGUCCUCCGACCCCCGCUCCCGAGCACACCUUCUCUCCCAGCUCGGCCGCGCCCAUGUCAUCUGCCUUGUCUACUCGAUCUCGGAGCCAUCAAGCUUUGACCGGGUGGCAGAAUACUGGCUCCCGCUCUUCCGCAAGGAGGGCAUAAAUGUCCCUGUUAUUCUUGUCGGCAACAAGAUUGACCUCCGCGGCGGCGAGGUCACCAACCAGGCGCUCGAGGAGGAGGUGGCGCCCCUCAUGCGCGAGUUCAAGGAGGUCGAAACCGUCGUCGAGUGCUCCGCGCUCCUUCCACUCAACGUCUCCGAGGUCUUCUACUUUGCCCAAAAGGCCGUCCUGCACCCUACAGCGCCAUUGUACGACUCGCGAGAGCAUAUCCUCAAGCCAAAAUGUCUCGACGCCUUGAAGCGCAUCUUCAAGAUCAGCGACGUGGACAAGGAUGGCCUGUUGAACGCGGUCGAGUUGAAUCAGUUCCAGCAAAAAUGUUUCUCCACGCCGUUGCAGACACAAGAGCUGGAAGGCAUCCUUGACCUUGUCCGGGCCUACGACCCCACGGCCGUGCAGCCCGUCCCACCGUUCAGCACCCCCAACACGCCACUGCAAGACAGCGAGGGCUGGCCUGGUGCGUCGGCCGGGCCGUCCCGCAUCGUAUCGCCCGCGGGCGAGGGCCUUUCAGAGCUCGGCUUCCUCUACCUCCACACAAUCUUCAUCCAGCAGGGACGGAUGGAGACUACGUGGACAGUGUUGCGACAGUUUGGCUACGGCGAGUCACUUGACCUGCGCGAAGACUUCCUGUCCCCCCGCUUCGACGUGCCAUACGACUGCAGUGUCGAGCUGAGCCCUCUCGGCAACCAGUUCCUCACCGACAUUUUCGAGGCGUACGACAAGGACAACGACGGCGCCCUGUCACAGAGCGAGCUCGACGAUCUCUUCACCACAUCACCCGGCAACCCAUGGCGCGCCCAGGGCUUCCCGGAUACCACCAUCACCGACGACCAGGGCCGGGUCACGCUGCAGGGCUGGCUGGCGCAAUGGUCGAUGACGACACUGCUCGACCCAAAAUUGACCCUCAACUACAUGGCCUACCUCGGCUUCUCUUCAUCACCUGCAUCAGACCUCCCGACCGUCGCCGCCGUCAAGGUUACGCGACCGCGCAAGGCCGACCGGCGGGCACGCAAGGUCACGCGCAACGUGUUCCUGUGCUACGUCCUCGGCGCGACCGGCUCGGGCAAGACAUCACUACUCCGUUCGUUUGUUAACAAGGGGUUCCGCGGCGGCGAAGAUGGCGCUGGCGGCUACGAACCCACGACAAAGGUUCUCUCCGUCGUCAACAGUGUCGAGAUCGACGGCGCAGAAAAGUUCCUGGUGCUACAGGAGUUUGGAUCAAAGUACGAGUCGGAAAUGCUCCGUAACAGCAAGCGCCUCGACCUCGCCGACGUCUUGAUCUACGUGCACGACUCGAGUGACACCAACUCGUUCUCUUACAUCUCCAACCUUCGCCAGCAGUACUCGCUCGACCACAUUCCCUCCAUCUUCGUUGCAACCAAGUCGGACCUCGACCUCGCCCAGCAGCGGCACGAGGUCCAGCCAGACGUCUACUGCCGUCGUCUCGGCCUGCCCGCCCCACUGGCCGUCUCGUCACAGUCGGGCCCGCUACCCAACCUCUGGGCGGCAAUCACCCGCGUCGCGCUCAACCCAACAACCUACAUCCCCCGCGGACCGUCGUCGGCGCUGUCACCAGCACAGAGGGUGAAGACCUUGGCGGCCUACACGCUUGGCACGGGAUCGAUUGUCGCCCUCGCCGCUGUCUGGCUGCGGUACCAGGGCUACACGCUCCGCGGGACCUGGGGCUGGAUCGCGCGGACAACGGGACUGUUUGCGACGAGCUCGUCCAAGUGA